AGCUCUACCACGUACAUAACCUGGUCGGAAUGAAAGAAGAGUCCGUAACGUGUCCUAUAUGUUCUCGACGCGUCUUGGAACGCGACAUUAAUACUCAUAUAGACGAUGGUUGUCCAGAUCCACCGUCUUCCUCACAGGAGCGCCACUCUCAAGAGCUGGCACCUAUUUUUACGAUAAAGAAAAAAACAAAAGUCGAUAGUGGCUUUUUUGGAACUCCUCGCAAUAGCAAACGCUCUGCGGCUGAAGCACAGUCAUCGCCAACUCCUGUAGCAUCCAAACGCACGAAAAUCUCGUCCUCUCUUCGGAGUGUAGCGCCAUUGGCCGAAAGAAUGCGCCCUGCGAAUCUCGAAGAGUUUAUAGGACACUCUCAUUUAACCUCACCUGAUUCAUUAUUCAUGAGCGGCGUAGCCAAUGGAUCUCUUGGCAGCAUGAUAUUUUGGGGUCCUCCGGGCUGCGGUAAAACGACACUGGCCAGACUAUUUGCGAAGCAAAUAGGAUCCGUUUUCAAAGAACUGAGUGCUACUGUUGUGGGAAUCAAUGACGUCCGCGCUGUUUUCGAAGAAGCUAGGAAUACGCUAUCGUUGACAGGAAGGAGGACGGUCUUAUUCUUGGAUGAAGUUCAUCGAUUCAACAAGGGACAGCAGGAUAUCUUCUUGCCGUUUGUCGAGCAGGGACAGAUUCAGCUCAUUGGUGCCACGACCGAGAAUCCGUCAUUCAAAUUGACGGGGGCCCUGCUUUCUCGCUGUCGGGUAUUCGUUCUCGAACGAUUGACAGAUGACGAUAUUCAGAAAAUCGUAAACAAUGCUAUUGAAAAGAUAUCUCCAAAAGUUGACAGCGUGGGAGACAGCCAACGGAUGUCACCUCAUUGUUCAUCCCAAUCAUCACAUUCGGGCGCCCAACGGUCUUUCCCUCAAAUAACGGAGAAAGUCAUAGCUUCUAUGGUCUCUAUGUCCGCAGGGGAUGCCAGAACGGCUUUGUCACUCUUGGAGCUUGUCGUCAAUACGCCAUCCAAUAAAACUGAAGCAGACAUUAUAACGUCCAUGAAACAGUCUGUGUCUACAUCGUACGAUCGUACAGGUGACAGUCGAUAUGAUAUGAUCUCUGCGCUUCACAAGUGUGUACGAGGAAGCCAAGGAAGUGCUGCCAUGUACUGGUUGGCGAGAAUGCUUACUGCAGGUGAGGACCCGCUGUAUAUUGCCAGGCGGAUGGUUGUUUGUGCUAGUGAGGAUAUCGGCCUCGCAGAUAACCAUGCUCUACCACUUGCGAUGGCUACUCUUCAGGCAUGUCAGAAUGUUGGAAUGCCAGAAUGCCGCAUCAACUUGGCUCAUCUCGUGGCCUACCUCUCCGAGGCACCGAAGUCCACCCGGGCGUACGAGGCCUACAAACGCGCUGAGGCCGCUGCCCAGCUAGAUAUGACCAUACCUGUCCCGAUGCAAAUUCGUAAUGCCCCCACGAAACUCAUGAAAGAGAUAGGAUAUUCCAAGGAUUACCACUACAAUCCUGAUUACGCUCAUCCUGUGCAUAAUAACUAUAUGCCGAUCCAAUUUGAAGGCGAGGAGUUUCUGAAGAAGGCCGAUGAUAAGUCAGGUAAGAUGUGGGACGAAGCGGCUUUGCGGGAGUGGGAACUGCUGGAAAACCACGGUCAUGAUUGGGAGGGUAGACCGCGAGAUAGUUGAGGCUACGAUCAGGUCUCAUGAUGUGUAUGAUAUGUGCCUUUUUUGAGGGUUUUAGGUAACCUUUCUAAAAUAAU